GACAAUAAAAAUAAAAUAACUCUGAGAGAAUAAAUACGAAAAAACUUUGAACUGCUCUCUCUCUCUCGAAGCUCUCAACAAAAAUCGAAAUCGAAGAAGAAGAAGAAGUUGUUGUUGUAACAAUGGAGCCACCACCUCCUGAAAGAUCGAAACGCCUCCACAACUUCUCUUUACCUCAUCUCCGUUGGGGUCAACAGAGAUUCCUCAGAUGCGUCAAUCUACCAUCUCCUCCUCCUUCUUCUUCCUCUCCCGAUCACGCAGCCACCAACAGAUCCGUCUCCAUAGCUGGAGGAGGAGGAGCGAAGAACGGUGAGGUAGUUGCGGCGGCUAGGCCAUGGAAUCUGAGGAUGAGAAGAGCUGCGUGUAGUGAACCUGGAGAGAUUGAAAUUGGCGUUAAGAAGAGAAGUAUCAUCGAUAAUGAAGAUGGAGGAGAUAAGAAGAAUGAGAAAUCGAAAUUAUCUAUUUCGUUGUUGAGAGAUGAAAUUGAACAAGAUUUCUCCAUUGCUUUUGGGAAAAAACCUUCAAAGAGACCUAAGAAGAGACCAAGGCUUGUUCAGAAGAAAUUGAAUACGAUUUUUCCAGGAUUGUGGUUGAAUGAAGAAGAAGUGACUAUUGAUUCAUAUAAUGGACCUGAAGCAGCUUAGGAAACAACUAUAAAGGUUUUUACUUUAGGAUAAAAUGUAUCUCUCUUGUUCUUGUUCUACUUUGAGACAUUCUCAAGUUUAGCAAUUUUCUGGUGUAAAGCAUAUUACUGGGAAUCUCAUCAUUCAUUUACUAAUUGUAAUCUCCAGCUGUUUGUUUUUUUAGUAAUGCAGUUGCUUCAAUAUUGUUUCUCAAGUUUAGCGAUGUUCCGGUCAGUGAAGCAGAUAACCGAGGUUUCAUUCAUGAUGUUUAGUUUAGUAAACAAAUUCAUCACCAGUCUAAUUGUAAUCUCUAGCUGUUUGUUUCUUGAAUCUAGUUCAUAUAGUCUCUACUCUUAUUGUUGUUGACAUUGCUGGUAUGUUGAUGGCUAAAGAUCUUUAACAUAAGAAACUUCUUGAUCUCGAGUAUGUUUCGCGGCUCGCUUCCUCAAUGUCAAGAACAUGCUGCUUGUUUCAUAGGGCAAUGUCUGUUGAGGGCUGGAACAGGUUUCUUUGUACAAAACAUCUCUCAUCUCUGAGGUUAAAGAUGGUUUCUUUAUUGAAUAUCUAGAGUCUAUACUACUUGAUUAUCACUGAAGUUUAGGACCUUGCGUUUUGACGCGGUUUCGUGAUGCAUACAUAUGUGUUGUUUUGGCCAGUGGUUUAAAACAAAAUCUAAAUCUGAUUACACAACAAUAUUUGUGCUAUCAUAUGUUGUUUGAUGACUUCACAGGUUUCAGACAAGAAUCUAUGUAAGAUAUCCUCAAGUCACCUCAAUAAGUCUGUUUACAAAUC